AUGGGUUUCAGGAAAUUCUUGGGUUGUAUAGGAUUGGCAAAGCAGCCUACACAGCCUACCCUUCCUACUGAUUGCAGUAGCAAUUCACCCAGAAUCAGACUCAGCGAUGGAAGAUUUUUGGCUUACAGGGAAAGAGGAGUCCCCAAUAGCAAGUCUAAUUUUAGGGUUAUUAUUGUUCAUGGAUUUGGAAGUUCUAAAGAGAUGAAUUUCGAGGCAUCCCAGGAACUACUGGAGGAGUUGAGAAUAUAUAUUGUGCUGUAUGAUAGAGCUGGAUAUGGGGAAAGUGAUCCAAAUCCAAAGAGAUCAUUAAAAAGUGAGGCAUCAGAUAUUGAGGAACUAGUUGAUAAGUUACAAUUAGGACCCAAAGUCUAUGUAAUCGGAGUUUCACUAGGAUGUUACCCUACUUGGAGUUGCCUUAGACGCAUACCAAACAGGCUAGAAGGCAUUGCUCUUGUAGGUCCGUAUGUAAAUUAUAAAUGGUCCUCUCUACCUAAUGAUUUGGUAAAGGAUGACUAUAGGAAGGGCCUUUCGCGCUGGAUGUUCCGUGUUGCACGCUAUAUUCCCGGAUUAUUACACUGGUGGCUGACUCAGAAAUUGUUUCCAUCAUCUACUGCCCUUGAACAAAACCCUAAAUUUUACAGUGACAAAGACCUAGAGGUAUUGAAGAGAACACCAGGCUACAAAUUGUUUACUCAGAAAAGGCUAAGGAAACGAAGCGUGUUCGACUCCCUACGGAGGGACUUUAUGGUGGCUUUUGGAAAGUGGGAUUUCGAUCCGAUGGAUCUGCCUGAUCCAUACCCUCAAAAGGAAAGCUGCGUUCACAUCUGGCAAGGUUACGAAGACAAAGUUGUGCCAGUUCAAUUGCAAAGAUACGUCUCCAAAAGGUUACCUUGGAUAAGGUAUCAUGAAGUUCCUGAUGGAGGGCAUUUACUGGUCUAUGACGGUGCAGUUUGUGAAGCCAUUUUGAGCUUUCAAGGCUGGGAAGUUGAUAUCCUACUGCUUUCAACAGUUAGAGCAGAUGGAUCUGAAGCACCCGGGAUUAACUAUAACAAUCUUGGAUUUGUUGCUGAUGUUAGAUGGAUGAAUGUUUCCUUGACUAAGGCCAAACUUUCUUUAUGGAUUUUGGGAACAAGGCCAUAUAGUUCUAUGUUUAAGUUUGCUUUACAAAAUAGACCAGCUUCAGGUAAUUCUGUGCACAAAUCAAGUCUGUCCAGGAUUGUUGAAAAGGUUGAAGCACCUGCCCCCCAGGCCACCCCCCAGACAUGGCUCGUAAAUCCGAAGGAUUCUCUGGUUCAGAUAUUUCUGUUUGCGCAAGUUAAGGAUGUCCUAUUUGAGCCUGUCCGGAAAACGCAAGAUGCCAUGUUUUUCAUCAAGACUUCUAACGGUAUGUGGAUGCCAUGUGGACCAAAGCAAUCAGGUGCCGUCCAGAUAUCAAUGCAAGAGGUUGCUGCUGAAGGACUUGCUUCACAGAUCAUUCCACCUCCGAUAUCAAAAAUGGACUUCGAUAAGGUUCUCGCAAGACAGAGGCCUACGGUGAGCAAAGCUGACCUUGAUGUUCGUGAGCGUUUCACGAAGGAGUUCGGUGAGGAAGGUUGA